AUGAAUACCAAGGACACAUAUAGCUGCAACAUAAUUACAAAGGCUGAUAAUCUUGCGCCAUCCACACGAGUCCGUGACAACCAGCGGCGUUCUCGCGCGCGGCGUAAAGAAUACGUCCGAGAUCUUGAACAGCGAUUGCGGAAGUUUGAAAGCCUCGGGGUAGAGGCGACACGCGAAGUUCAAGCGGCAGGAAGAAAAGUCGCGGCGGAGAAUGCUCUCCUCCGGUCGCUGUUAAGACGCCGCGGUGUGACAGAAAAGGAGAUUCAAGAAUACUUGGAAUCACUUACAACAAACCCUGAUUCACUCAGUUGCUCUUCAGCAACUGCUCCAGCGUUCGUAACCUCGCACCUACCUUUAACACAAAAUGUUAACCGCGAGGCGAACGACGCAUUGCGUGAGACGGGUGUUGGUAGAAGACUUAGCCCAUCUCCGUUAAAUCCAGUUGCUAAUAGACAUGUGAACUUUCCCAAUACCCAAGCGUCCAGUGCAGAUCAACCAGUCGCUGUCGAUCCUGUUACACCUAACACCCUUGACGUUCAGCAGCCUAGAGCUCAUUCUACGCCAUGUGAGGCAGCAGCUAGAAUUAUCACGACUAUGCGGGGCCACCUAGAUGUACAGGAUGUGCGAUCUGAAUUAGGGUGUCAAUCUGAAUCUAACUGCAUGAGAAAGCCCUCUGACUGGUGGCUACCCAAUUUGAUUCAAACCGAGGUGCUGGAUGACCAGCCUCGCUGGCACAUGGUCGAGCUGCAGGAUACAUUGGAUCUCCCGCAAAACCCGGAGGCCAUUAAUCAUUAUGCCCGAUUUUUGGUCCUAGUAUAUGCCUUUGAUCGAUGGGCCCAUGAUAUGUCCCAAGCAGCAGAGCCAAACCGAGAGAAGGAGCAGGUCAUUAAUUCACUGAAGAACGUGCCCCUUGAUUCCAUCGGCAAAGACACUGUAGCUGACCUACACUGUGUUUUCCAGCGGACCAUGUCUCCAGAACGGCAGGCGUGCAUCACGUAUAUCCAGCCAAUCUUCUUGGAAUGGGUGGUUGACCGGACCGGCCCCUGGUGGCGACCGAGGCAACAAUUGAAAAACCAACAAGGCGCCCCGCAAAUGUCUCGAAAAGCUGGGUCCCGCAAAUCAUUUGCACGGAGACGGUACGACGUAUAUGAGGCUAGUGGGGAGAUCCAGAUUCGAACUAUCUACAAGGACGAUGCCAACGAUGCCAAGGCCCGAUGGCUUUGGUGGAAGAACUAUCCGAGGAAGAAAUUAUGCGGGAAAGAAGAAACCGAUCAUUAUGAAUCGGAGAUAUAG